AUGGCCGCUGCUGCAGCGCGGCCGCUGCUGCUGCGGCUAAACAGAAUUCCUUUGAGGCAGACACACCGAAAUGCCUCGACCCAAAAUGGCCGCGGGGCAGCAGCACGCGGCGAUUUGCGCAGAUCGCAGGGGCCAUACACUGUAUGGACAUCAUUGGAUGAGUUUGGGGGCUUCCAGGAUAUCCCGGAAUCCCGCCCCAUGCUGCAGCUGCAGCGGCGCGGCAAGCCUGCCGGCAGCAGCAGCAGCAGCGGCAGCAGCGGCAGCAAGCGUUCGCUUCCCCCUUGGAUUUUCGCGCACGACAUAAAGAACUUCACGGAGCUGCAGAGCCUUCAGCAGCCGGCCGCGGCAGAUGCGGCUCAGCAGCAGCACGAGCAGCAGCAGCAGCAGCAGCGCGGUAGUCUGCUGCCCCUGGCGGUGAACAUAGUAGACAGCGACACAGGCGAGUACCUCGGCUGCGGCCUCUUUCACUCGCGGCCUCUUAUUGCAGCUCGAGUGCUUGAAGACUUGAGCCCUUCCACAAUUCUCAAUUCAGAUUUCCUGCAGCAAAAGCUGCGGGAAGCAGCAGCCCGCCGCCGGGGGCUGCCGCCUGCAGUGUUUCUGUCCUGUGCAGAAUCUGCUGGGCCCCCCCCAGGGGCUUUUCUUGAAGACCCGGGGGACCGGGGCCCCCCACAGCAGCCAGUGCAUGCGGCGCAUGCACUGCAUGCACCGCAUGCACUGCAUGCAGAGCCUCCCGGGACUGUUCCCCGGGGCUUUUACCGACUGUUAAAUGCGGAAAGUGACGGACUUCCUGGAUUCAUCGUGGACCUGUUUGGAGCUGCAGUGUCUGUACAGCAGCUCACAAGAGGCAAGGACCCCCAGGCGGCCCUUGAGGGGGUCCCUGAGGGGGCCCCUCAGGGGGCCCUUGAGGGGGCCCCUCAGGGGCUGGUGGGGCUUGCUGAGUUUCUGUGGCUGCGGGUGGUGCGUGCUGCAGGGAGCGAGCUGCUGACUGCGCCUUUUGUUGAAUGUCUGCAGAAGCUGCUGCAGCCCGCAGCUGUGGUGCUGCGGAACGACAGCUUUCUGCGGCAGCUGGAGCGGGACCCUUCCAUGAAGCAGUAUGCUGCAGUUGUUGCUGGUGAAGUGUCAGGUUGGCAGUGGAUAGAAGAAGGCGGCAGCGUCUUCCCCGUUGAUUUGUUGAACAGCUGGUAUUACGACCGGCGGGAGGUUCGGGAGGCCGUAGCUCAGCUCGCGCGUGGCUCGCGGGUUUUGGACCUCCACUGCCACUCCGCAGCAUUCAGCAUUGGGGCGCUGCGGCGAGGAGGUGCUCAGAGAUGUGUUGGUGUGGACGUUUCGUGUCUGUCUUUGGAGCUCGCAGCAGCAGCAGCAAAGAAGAACAAUCUACAGCAGCAGUUGCUUCUGCAGCAGGCUGACGCCCUCCAGUGGCUGCGGCACAGAGCUCGGCCCUCCCGGCCUUCUUGUCUAGACAAAGACGCAGCAGCAACUGCGGAAGCAGCUGCUAGUGUGGCAGCAGCAGCUGAAGUUCCCGCAGAAGCCCAGUUUGAUAUUGUAAUUAUGGACCCCCCUGCGCCCCACAGACAGGGCUUGGUGCAAGCUUUCACUGCCGAGCUGCUGCAGCUGGCUGCUGCUGCUACCAGAGUUCUUAGCAGCGGAGGGCGACUGGUGGUCGUUGAGAGCAGCAGAUUUAUAGAGCUGGAGCAGCUGCUGCACAUCUUAAAUGAAGCAGUUUCAGCUGCAGGCAGAACUGCCGCCCUUGAAAUGCACGGGGGCCCCACGCUGGACUGCCCGCAAGACCUGCGCACUCAGGGCGUUCCCGGGAUGAAAUGGGUCAUCUUGCAGCUUUCUUAG